CGCGCGUCUUCCCGCCGCGCGCGCCGCGCAGGGUCGCCGAGGUCGCGGACCAGCCGGACGAGGGCGACAGCUCCAGCUCCAGCGCCAGCAGCCCGCCGGACGCCUCGGGCUCGGACAGCCCGCUCUCGAGCCUGUCCGACUCGGACGCGGGCGUAUUCGACGCUGGGUCGUGGCACGAGGGGCUGCUGGCGAGGAUCGGCAAUUUGCAGAUGAAGGCCGCGUGGGACACCGUGGCCGCGCUGCAGGCGAUCUCGCGGAAGCGACCCUCGAGCCUCGAGGACGACGACACCUUCGUGCAGGAGGCGGGCUUGCUGGAGGUGGACCACGGCACGGAGGGGCGCCAGAUGAGCAAAGCGCGAGCAGACAUCGACCGGGAGAUCGACGAGGCGCAGCUGCGGACCUGCUCCUGGGUCGGUAGGUUCGCCGACUCCCUCCAGCACACCGCGCGCAGCAUCGAGGAUCACGCGAGGAGGCGCCCGAAGAAGGCAGGCUUCAGCUUCGACAACAUGAGAGGCGAGGAGCCGCAGGUUCUCGGAGCUGCCCGGCCCGGCCGAGAAGGGCCCCGGGCAGGGGUCGUCGCCGAGUCGGGCGCCAAAGCAGCAGACCGAGGCGGCCGCCCUCCUGAGGCACAUCUCCGAGCAGCAGAACCAAAUCGCUUCCCUGCAGGUGAGCGUCAGCCUCGCGAGGAGCGAGCUCGACCUGCACUCCAAGGCGCACGCGUACGUGUGGAAUACGCUGGAGACCGAUGCCGAGGCGGCCCUGUCCGACGAGAUCAAGAACGUGGUCAUGGAGCGGCUACAGGCCGCGCAGCACCGCCAGAGCCGGCAGCAGCAGGAGAGCCGCGCGGCGCGGUGGGAGGCGAGCUUGGCUUUCGGGCGCCGCAGGAGCUCCCGGGAGAUCGACGUGGACUUCACGGGCGACGGGGACACCAAGGCCUUGCAGUUCUACGUGGACUACCUGCGGCGCGUGGUGCAGGACCACGACGCCCAGAUGCCGCCGGGCCGCGGCGCCGCGGCGCGGCGGGGCGGCGGCGCCGAGGAGGCCGCCGGGGAGGCGGCCGCCGGGGAGGCGGCCGCGGGGGAGGCGGAUGCGCUGGAGGGCCGCCGGCGUCGGGCGCUGGAGGGCCUCGGGGAGCUGCGCGCGCUGGAGCAGGGCGCGGCCGGGGUGCUGCGGGGCAUGGCGGAGGAGAGGGGGCGGCUGCGGGCGGCCCUGGGGGAGGCGGCGGAGAUCUCGGCGCGCCUGGAGGAGCACGAGCACCGGGUCGCAUCGGGGCGCCACCGCAGCCAUCGCCCGCCCGAGGGCGGCCCUGCUCGGCGGCCCCGGCGCGGGAGCAGGCGGCCGCGGCUGGCGAGCCGGCCGUGGGAGGCUCCCGGCCCGUCUCGGCCCAGGAGGGCGCCGUGGCGGGCGCCUCGGGCGAGUACAACGCCUGCGCCGGGGAGAUCGCCGCCGCUCUCGCGGGGCGGCCCCCGGAGUCCGCCGGGGCCGGGCAGGAGGUGAUCGCCCAGCAGCUCCUCGAGCUCGAGCGCAUGGAGGCGGCCCGGCGGCGCCUGCAGACGACCUGGGUCAGGCUGCGCUCCCAGUCCGCAGCCUUCUCGCUGGCCGGCGGGGGCAAGGAACCGCAGCAGUACCAGCCCCGGCUGCAGCGGGCGGCCUGGCAGGGGGCCGAGAGCGCGCAGGCCCCCUCCCGCUGCGAGCCCGGCGGCCCCGCCGGGCGCGAGGGCCGCGGCGGCGCGGGCGCCGUCGGCGGGGGAGCCGCCGGGGAGCUGGAGCCACAGGCGACCACGCUCGGCGUGAAGACGCUGCAGCGCUCGGCUCUGAGGGGCGAGUCGGGCGACCCGCUGCGGCGCGACGCGAUCUCCUUCGGCAGCGAGUUCCAGGGCCUCCUGGGGGGCGACCUCGCGCUGGGCACGGGGGACAAGCUGUGGGAGCGCCGCAGGAAGAGCAUGGCAGAGCGCUUGAGGCGGCUGUCCGAGAUCCAGGGCCCCCCCGAGAUGAUCUCGCAGCUCCUGAAGAAGCAGGGCGAGAAUAUCCAGCUGAGCACGCAGCUCCGGAACUACGAGUACCUCAUAAACAAGAUGCGGAAGAACAUACCGCUCACGAACAGGGACCUCAGGCUGAUCGAGGCCAUGCUGAACCUGGACGACUGCGGCAACGCGGAGCUGAAGGAGGACGUGGCGGCGGCCAGGCGGCGCGUGCGGCACCUGCAGAGGGUGCUGAGGGAGAAGCGGCAGGCCUGGCGCAGCACCGACGGCGUCAUGCAGCUGCCGCGCGGCAAGAGCGUGAAGGUGCUGACGCACGCCAGCCGCGAGCAGGAGCGCGUCGGCGCCGCGAAGGCCACCAGCGCGGCGCAGUGGCUCGCCGGGCGUGGCGGCGCCGGGCCCGCCGCGGCGCCCGGCGCCCCUCGGCCGGGAGCGCGCGGGGCCGGGGAGGUGCUGCGCACCCUGCGGGGCCUGAGCCCCUCCCCCGCCAGCGUGGUGGAGCGGCGCCGCGGGGGCCGCGGGAGCGCUGGGCAUCGCUCGGACGUGGACCAUCUCUUCCCUCGGCGAGGGGACCAUGGAGGAGAGCAUCCCUGA